GGAUUAUAUUUCUUUUUACCCGCCAUUAAAUGUUGUCAUGACCUUGUCGGAACGCUCGUAAAUUUGAAGUCACGUGUCUCGUUGUUUGCAGAUUUCGCCGCUAAAUUUUCUUGGUAUUUUCAUCGACGUAUGAGUGCAGGUGAUCGUCGCCAACUGACUGGGUUUUUCAACCCUGAGUUUUAUGGACUUCGGAGUGACUUUCGUCUAACUAAAUUUUCAUUCCUGAGAGGAUGAGGUUGUAAAGUGCCUCAAGCUGAACUGAAGAAAUUGCUUGAGGCACUAAAUCAACCACAACCGUGUUCACUUUCAAGUAAUAAACCGUUACUGGCAUUAGAACUCGAUUGUUGUGUUAUUCCUAUUCGAAAUAACUUAAAACUUAUCCAAACAACCGACUUCUUUUAUCCUCUGAUUGAUGAUCCUUACACUAUGGGUCGAAUUACGUGCUGUAAUGUACUAAGUGAUUUGUAUGCAAUGGGCGUAGUUGACUGUGAUAAUUUGCUUCUAUUGUUGGGUGUUCCACGUGAAAUGACCCAAGAAGAACGCGAAAUAUCAAAUCGCUUAUUGAUGGAGGGUUUUAAGGACUGUGCAUUGGAAGCUGGAACAUAUGUUCGUGGAGGACAAACUGUAUUGAGUCCAUGGUUAAUGAUUGGUGGUGUAGCAACUUCAGUUUGCAGUGAUUCAGAGUAUAUUAUGCCGGAUCAAGCUGCAGUGGGUGACGUCUUAGUACUCACAAAACCUUUGGGCACCCAAGUAGCUGUUUCAGUUUACUACUGGAUGCUGGAGGAUAGUCCAUCUUGGUCUGGAAAUCUAGCCAAUAUCAUCACGUCAGAUAAAGUAAAGAGUCUGUUUCAUUCUGCUACUCUCUCCAUGACUCAUUUAAACCGAACAGCUGCUCGACUAAUGCAUAAACAUCACGCCCACGGGUGUACUGACGUAACAGGUUUUGGUCUUUUGGGUCAUGCAAAUAAUUUAGUCCAAGUUCAGGCAAACGAUCACUUAGCCUUCAGCAUUCAUACUUUGCCGUGUCUUGAAGGAAGCUCGUUGAUUUCCAGGGCAUUAAACGAUCGGUUAAAACUACUUCAAGGUUUUUCUCCAGAAACAUCAGGUGGUCUGUUGAUUGUUCUUCCCCGAGAAUCUGCCCAAUCUUUUUGUGAAGAGCUAACUGCUGAAAUUGGAUGUCCAUCAUGGAUAAUUGGAGAUGUAAUAGAAGCCGAUUCAAAAAGCGCUUUCCUUGUUCCACAACCAGAAGUCAUAGAUGUUCAACAUUCACAAAUCAUCCCACCAAAAUGUUCGACUAAUAGCCAGUAAUUUUCCUUCCACAUUUUCAAAAACUGAAUCAAUCACUCUUCGACCAUAUGAUACUGAUGAUCGAAAAUGCUGCAUGAUCAUUCAGCUGAUGAUGUCUUAAAGUGAUUUGAUUUAAUCCAUUUCCGAAUUUUCAUAUGCUUUUAUUCAAGUAUUCAAUUAUUUUGUGGUAGAUUCAAGAAAUGGUCACGUUCUAUCUUCAGGCUUUUUGUAAUGCAAUUUUGGAACUUUCGCAAUAAAAUUCUUGGAAACUCCAACUUUUGUGUGUUUACUUGGACUCCGACUAUCUAUAAGGCAUUUUACACAACCAAAACUUAGCGGUUACCACUUUGCAAUAUCACUGUGACAGUAUUUACACAUAUGAAACUGAUUGUGUAGAUUUUCAAAUACAAACCUUUGGCCAAACGUCAGGCAAUAAUGUGUAUUUUAUUAAACUAUAACCUUAAGAAGUCUACUGCAGUAUAUCACGAGCGCUUAGUUGUUGUGAGUAAUUCUGUUGGUUUUCCAC